CAAAAUUACACAAACAACUACUCACAUUUUGAUUGCUCAAAUCGGCAGUCAAUAUUUGCUUGUUCAAUCUGAACGUUCAAGCGAGUAUAAAAAUAAAUAUAUUGAAAAAUACGAGCAAGAUGAAUAAUAAUUCAGCGGAGAAUGAGAUCGCCAAGCUGGCAGAGAAGGACGAGAGUGUCAAGGACAUUGCCGAGGCUAGCAAUGGAGAUCCAAUUCCCCUUUGGUUGCAGGAAACUCAACAAAAGUUGAGCACAAUCAAGUUGGCACAGAAUGCUGACGAAAGGCCAGAGGAAGAAUUGGAGCAGCUUAAAGCUGAAACUGUCAAACCGAUGCAAGAUGAUAACGUUAAACCGAUGCAAGAUGAGAAUUACAAAGUGAUGGAAUGGACUGAGAAACUUACGCCGAGCGAGUGGUUAAUCAAUUGCCGUAAUCAGACAGCCGAGUCUCGUCGUUCACAGUUCGUGUCGAAAAUACCAAAGCCCAAAUCUUCAUCGAAAAUUCGACCCAAGGCCAAAGAGGAGAAUAAGAAAUCCUAUAUUCCAAUUGUAGUUGAGGCUAUCUAUAAAACCAACCAAGAAGCUGGCAAGCACUCCAAAUAAAUGAGCAUAUCCUAGAUACAUGUUAAUAUGUAAUAUCAAUAAGUAUGUAAAUUUGAUAGACGCUCUGCGAACAUAAUAAAAAUAGCAUUGUAUUCAGUGUAGUGCUUUGGUGUUUAAUGAGGGAUAUUUGUACCCAUAGGAUUCAUCCAAUUCUAUCCUAUGGUCACUAUUAUCCCUACUGAAAUCCAAAGAACUACACUGAAAAUCACAAUUGGUAUGAA